UAAAAAUACUUCUUCCUUAAUCUACUUUAUGGAUGAGGAAGAAAAGAAGCAAUGUAUGAGCAUAACAUGAGAGAUGGAUAGCUGGAAAAGUUCAUAUAAUUUCUAUCUCACUAAGGUUGACUUCCUUUGCUCAUCAUUUCACAUAGGUGCCAUAGACAUGCUGUCUUUUCCCAUUUUAAAGGGCUUUGGGAAGCUCUGCGGAACAGGGAAAAAAAGAAAAUUGGUGUCUAAGCAGAUGAAACACAAAAACUCUAUCCAAAAUAUGUCUCUUAUAGAGGAGGGGAAUAUUACUGAGGUAAAAAGAACAAAGAAGCAAUUGCCAUACUUGAAACCAGAUGGCUACUAUUUGUAUGAAUGGUUGUUUGAGCAAUUGGAAAGUUCAGUGGCCCAUCCUCAGGAGCCUCAUCACCCCACAGAGAAGCCUGUCAUUCACUGCCACAAAUGUGGGGAGCAAUGUAAAGGAGAAGUGCUUCGAGUCCAGGCCAAACAUUUUCACAUCAAAUGCUUUACCUGCAAAGUGUGUGGGUGUGAUUUGGCUCAAGGAGGCUUUUUCAUUAAGAAUGGUGAUUACCUUUGCACUGUGGAUUACCAGCGGAUGUAUGGGACCCGAUGCAAUGGCUGUGGGGAGUUUGUGGAAGGAGAAGUUGUAACAGCUCUGGGAAAAACAUAUCAUCCCAACUGCUUUGCCUGCACUAUGUGCAAACGUCCUUUUCCUCCAGGAGACCGUGUUACCUUUAAUGGAAGAGACUGUCUCUGUCAAAUGUGUGCUCAACCAAUGGCAUCCAGUCCAAAAGAACUCUCCACUUCCAGCAAUUGUGCAGGCUGUGGAAGAGAUAUAAAAAAUGGACAAGCCUUGCUUGCUUUGGACAAGCAGUGGCAUCUUGGGUGCUUCAAGUGCAAGGCCUGUGCGAAGGUUCUAACUGGAGAAUACAUCAGCAAAGAUGGUGCCCCUUACUGUGAAAAGGACUAUCAAGUUCUCUUUGGGGUCAAAUGUGAAGCAUGCCACCAGUUCAUCACUGGGAAAGUCCUAGAAGCAGGGGACAAACAUUACCAUCCAAGUUGUGCACGAUGCAGCAGAUGCAACCAAAUGUUCACAGAAGGAGAAGAAAUGUAUCUGCAAGGUUCUACAGUUUGGCAUCCCGACUGUAAACUCUCUACAAAGGGAGAUGAAAAGCUAAGGCAUUCCUCGUCUGAUUUCUUUUAUCCAAAGAGUUUGGUUCUUCGCAGGCCUUACUCUUCAGAGCUGUUUUCACCAUCUUGUAUACUGAACACCAUCAAAACGUUAAGGCAGCCUACCCGGACAUCCUCAGAGAGUAUUUAUUCUAGGCCUGGAUCCAGUAUUCCUGGCUCACCAGGACAUACAAUCUAUGCAAAAGUAGACAAUGAGAUCCUUGAUUAUAAGGAUUUAGCAGCUAUUCCCAAAGUCAAGGCCAUCUAUGACAUUGAGCGCCCAGAUCUAAUUACUUACGAACCUUUCUACACUUCUGCUUACGAAGAGAGACAAGAAAGGCAGAGCCUUGGAGAGAGUUCAAGAUACGGCAGUUCUCCUGUGCAUGAUGAAAGUUCACCAAGGACACUAUCUCCAACUCCGUCUGCAGAGGGUUAUCAGGAUUUUCGAGAUCGAAUGAUACACCGGUCAACCAGUCAGGGUUCCAUUGGUUCCCCUGUAUACAGUCGUCAUAGCUACACUCCCACCAUGUCACGUUCACCACAGCAUUUCCACAGACCUGGCAAUGAGCCGUCCAGCGGUCGGAAUUCCCCGGCCCCUUAUCGGCCCGACAGUCGCCCUCUAACACCAACUUACGCUCAGGCCCCUAAACAUUUCCAUGUUCCAGAUCAAGGGAUCAAUAUUUAUAGAAAACCACCUAUCUACAAACAGCAUGAUGCAGCUGCUCUGGCAGCCCAGCACAAGCCUUUCGAUGAUAUCAUCAAGUCCUCCAAGUUCCCAGCAGCCCAUGCUCCAGCACCCAACGAGAUUCCAAAGAUUGAGACAGAAUACUGGCCAGGUCCUCCCUCUCUUGCGGCUGUAGUAGGUUCUGAUAUGCGACGCCGGUCCACUGGCAGGGACGAAGACCUUGAAGAACUUCAGAGGCGCCGGCAGCUGCAGGAGGAACAGUUAAUGAAGCUAAACUCAGGCCUGGGGCAAUUGAUUCUAAAAGAAGAAAUGGAAAAGGAAAAGUCGUUGCUUGCCAGCAGAUGUUAUGACUCUCCAGUUAAUUCAUCUUUACACGCGGCUGCUUCUAAAACUUCUUCACUGCCUGGGUAUGGACGAAAUGGACUUCACAGGCCGAUGUCGACAGACUUUGGUCAGUACAACAGUUAUGGGGAUGUGAGCAGUACAAUUCGAGAUUACCAGUUUCACCCAGAUGGUCAUGUCCCUGCAAUGCGAAUGGACCGAGGAGUUUCUAUGCCUAACAUGUUGGAACGAAAGAUAUUUCCUUAUGAAGUACUCAUGGUGACCAACAGAGGGCGAAAUAAAAUCCUAAGAGAAGUGGAUAGAACCAGGUUGGAGCGUCAUUUAGCACCUGAGGUUUUUCAAGAAAUAUUUGGCAUGACGAUACAGGAAUUUGAUAAGUUACCUCUCUGGAGACGCAACGAUAUGAAGAAGAAAGCUAAACUCUUCUGAAUUCUUCUUUCUCGGGAGAGGGAAGAUAUCAUGUAAUAGGAUAAUGUAUUAUAAUCGAGUCCAAACCCUUUUUGGAGAGCAAAUGCUGAAGAAGGUGGGAAGGAGAGAAGGGACAAUCUGAGAAAGGCAUAUACUAAUGCCUUGAGAUUGUGCAGUAGCCUGUCAAGCUUGCCAUUGGCAGAGACAUGAAAGGUUCUUUGUUCAAAUCUCAGUCAUGGUUUUCACUCAUGAAGUUUUUAUAUGGCAUAUAUAUUCAGUCUUAUGCCUUCCUCAUUUUCCCUUGACUUUUAUUCAAAGGUCGAGGAUGCUAAUUGAGAAGACCCAGGAAGUGCCCGUAGGAUGCACAGCUCACAAUUUUGUGGCAUGGACUUUCCAAGCAAUGAAUGAAUAUAUUCUAUAGUUAAGGAAGGAGUCUUGUGUAAUAUAUUUAUCCUCUGGGCACAGCUAUUACAGUUAAUUGGCCUUAUUGUCAAACAGCUUAUUCUUUCCGCAGUACUCAUCAAUAAAAUAGGCUGCUGAACAGAGGUAUUCUACUGUGCUGCAUACUGGCCAUUUUUUUUUGAGAACAAGCUCCCAGCUUGCACAUGCACAUAUCUAGUAGUAAAUUGCCAUGUUUUGUUGUCUUUUCCUGCAUUAACUGAAUAUAGUUUUUUUGCUUUAAACCACUUGGUUGAAAAUUAACAAGAAGAGCAAGCACGUAAACCAAAUAUCAGUUUCUUGGUUUAAUUAUGAAGGAGUUAUUUCAACUGUCAUGUUAAAUGUAAGCCAUAGUGUCAUGCAAUCUUAGAUUUAAUUUAGAUGUGACUUUUGCUGUGUGAAAAUCACUGUGACAUAGUGUGGUCAUGCAUUGCUUGAUUGUGCUUGAAAAGAAGCACUGUGUGGGCCAAUAUAUUGAUGUUGUUCCUUUUCAUGUUAAAGUAAACAAUAUUAAUCAUGUUGGUCCAGGAAAAAAAAAAGGACUGUACUAGGGCAAUAUCUUAUUGUGAUCAACCAAAAGGCACACAGUCAUGUUUAAACUCUGAGGCUCUCCAGUUUUCCUUUCAUAAAGUUGUAGGAUCUGAUAUAGGAUCAUCUUUCAUAGGAUUUAGUAUAGAUGUCCUAGAAAGCCUUAUUGUGGAACUGAAGAUUGAAAAGUGUUUUGUGAGAACAACUAAUGCCAAGCAAGUCAAAAGAUUGGACACUUUCAAAGUUCUCUACAUAGCCUGUACCAGGAUUGGAACAGCAUUUUUCAUACACUAAUACCAUCCCGCUGCAAAGGUUACAUUUGAAUUUUUAAACAUGUCUACUGGAAUUGUGAAUUCUGAAAUUUUAUUAUUAUAUUUUAACUAUUAUACAGAGUGAUUUUGCUGCUACAAGUGACCGUUCAAGCUAUUUUCUUGUAUGCACUGAUAAUAUUGCACAAUAUGUCAUGUUAAACAAUGUUUAAUUUGAUUUUCUUCAUGUAAUCACUCAUUAUUCAUAUAAGAAGACUUGAAUUUUGUGUUAUUUUACUAUACACAGUUGCAAAUAGGUUUUUUUUCUUUUUAUUUACUAUCAGUGCCUGGAAAAAAUACUUUUAUCUUGGGCAAUUUCUCAAUCAAAUGAACUGCUCAACUACAUGUAGCCCUUUUUUUUAGAGGAUAUUCUGUGACCUGGCUUCUUGUCUACCUAAGUUGCUUGGUAGAUUGUGUAUUUUCCAUAAAGGACACAUAAAAUUUACUUUGAUAGAAUCAGAAGCCAUUUUUGGCUGACAAUAGGGUGCAGUGAUACAUUAAUUUUUUACCUGAGUGAUGACUGCCACUAUAUAAAUUUUUACUUUUUCUCUUUUAAUGUGCAUUUCUGCUUACAGUGUAAUCCUGUAUGUGUACAUAACAAUAGUUUAUACUAAUCUAGAAGUAAAAAUUCACUAAAUUAAAUGAAGCUUGCCAUCUAGUAAGUCUGUGUAGUGUAGAUGAGGAACCUGUUGGCCUCCAGAUGUUGCAAGACCCCAACUCCUGCUUUCCAUACCAUUACUAAUUGGGGGGGGCAACACUUGGUAAUGUUAUUCAGCAACAUCUGCAAGGCUACAGAUCCCUUGUCUCUUCCCCUGUUUAGAUAGCAAUUCUUAUUGUAAGGUUUAUGUAGGGAGGACUUGUAAUAUGUUUUGCUCUUACAUUUAAGAGCUAAGCAUAAGUGGAUUCCAGUGACAUAUCUGAAUUCACAACAGACCUGGUUUGCGAAAAUCCAGAGGAUCAGUAUGUGGGAGCAAAGAGAGAUGAGUUUUAUUUGUGGCCAUUUAGUGAUUUUUGCAGCCUGAUAUAAAAUGAUAAAAGAGGAUUUUCAGCAUAUCAGUACAGAUGGUUUAGAAUAUUGUGUGGCAGAAUUCAUGUAAAAUGUUAACUCCAUCAAAUGCUGAAUAUCCUGUCAUUAUAAUUAGGUGUGAUGGGAUGUUCAAUGGCAACUCAGAGCUUUCCCAGGAGACACCCAAAUCAAGAGAGUGUGCAAUCCCGAGCUGGGUGGAGAAGAGGGGGAAGAGAUUCAGGGUAGCCACACCCCAAAAUCUCUCAGGAUGUAUCUGGUACCUUAGAAAGUUACCAGUUUGGCAAGAUUCUGUCGAUUAGAUGUAAGCAAAUAAAGGAUUGGAUAUGAUUGGAUGUCACUGUCCCAUCACUGGGCUUGGGCCUGACAAUAGGAGAAGGAGUGGCACGACCAUACUAAUAUCAUUGUUUGUGGGAAUUUAUCACCUGGCCAAGAAUAAUUUUUCUUUAGCCUGCUUCAUAGGUUCCUGCAACUGAUGUCCUCCAAUAUCCUACCCUGGGAUUAGGGGUUCCUGGCUUAAUAUUCAAGAAAUUAAAAUCCAAAAUAGUUGAAGGGCACUGUUGGGGAAUAGUGAGAGAAGGAUACCUGAUAAUUACAAGAUUAAAUAUACUACGACAGGAGGGAAGGGGCAGUCACGCCACAUGACAGUGUUCAUCUUUCUAAUUCUAUUAUCUCAGGCAAUAUUAUUAAUUAAAACAAAUUGUAGCAGGAGUCAGAAGGCUCAAGGAAACCUUAAAAGUGACAAUGUGUAGUUGUGUUUGAUUUCUGUAAUUUUCUGUAAUUAUGUAUUCGCUGGCCUAUUAAACUAGCUAUAAUUUAGCCAACAGGACAAUUUGAUGAGUGAUUUACAAAGGAAUGUGCUAUUUAUCAGAGAAAUGGACCCUUUGCCCCCAAAGCAAAUUCUGGACGGGUAGCCAAUCAGUUGAAGAGGGCCAUCUGAGCUGCCUCUUUCCUGGACAUACUAUUAUAGCUUCAAUGGCACAUCAAUGGCUUCUCUGAUUAGGCAUCCUUUUUUCUUUUUUGUCCUUGGUUCAGUGCUUUUAUACAAUGAGCUCUGGACAGACAUUUGUAUCUGGAGCACAAAAAGGAUUAAAGCAGCGUCUCCUGAUUGCAGUUCAUUAAAUUAGCCAACAUCCAUCCAUAACUGUGCUUCCUCUUUUUUUUUUUUUUUAUUCAGGAUGUUUAUAUCUUGAAAAUUAGAAUAGUUGCUUCCCAUCCCCUCACGAAAUGAAAUGUUCACUGCCUUUUAUUCUUCAAUUGAAUUUCCUAAGCUGAGAAGUAAAAAGUGUAACCUACAACACGGCUGCUAUUUGAAAUCAUUCCCUGUAUGCUUCAAAUUGACUGGGAAGCCAAUCAUUUAUUGGUUCCAACUGCAAAGCCCAGUGUUCCCUCCCCAUUCUUGAUUAGCCAAUCAAUUUUGACUCAACAAAACCUGAAUUCUAUAUUCCACACAUAUUAUUCCAAGAGCAAUGAUAGUUUUACUUUUUAGAAAGUAAAAUAUUCCUUGUAAAUAGACAUUCUCCUUUAAGAUAAAUGGCUAGUUAAGACAUCAUUCCAAUGUUUUGCAAACUCUCUUAUAUCCUGAAACAAAAAUUGGGGGGGGGGUUACUAUAAAAAUGCAGAUGAAUUCAUAAUUGGACAAUUAGUUUAUCUCUGACCAGAAAAAUGUAUGAUCACAAAUGAAGACUUACAGUUCCUAGCAUUAUUCAUCAGUAGGUUGGCUCUUCUGAUGCAAAACGACAUUGUAAUUGGGUUUCUACAAUUUCAGGAUGAAAAUGAAUGUUACGCAUGUUCCACUAUUAUUUGCUGAGAUGUAAGCAUGACAUACUUUUGUAAUAAAGCUUUGAAAUUAUGGACAGAUCAAUUUUUUGAAAAUGUGUUAAUGGUAAUCCUCGACUCACAACAUAAUUGAGCCCAAAAUUUCUGUUAUUAAGCAAGACAUUUGUUAAAUGAGUUUUGCCGGGACACUGCAACCAUCAUAAAUAUGAACUAGUUUUGAUCACAUGGGGAUGCUGCAAUGGUCAUAAGUGUGAAAAACAAUCAUAAGUCACUUUUUUUCAGUGCCAUUGUAACUUUGAACAGUCACUAAAUCAACUGCUGUAAGUCGAGGAUCACCUAUAUUUAUUUUGUGAGGAAGUACAAUUUAUUUUAGAGACUACUUCCCAAUUAUACUAAUUUUAUAAAAGAAGAGUUAAAAGGGUCUUACUAAAAAUAUAAAGGGCCAGAAAACCAGCAAACAUAUUUAAUGUGGUGCUAAAAUGGAACUGAUUAGAAAGAUUGAGUUUUUUCCCCUCUAUUGUUUUAAAAUGACUUGAAGUGCUAUUGUACAAAUAAUUCAAUUACCUAACUACCUACUUACCACUAUCACCAUCCCCAACCCUAUAUGUAACGAAAAAGACAUUUAAGCCCAAAUUUUAAGAUUUUUUUAAAAACACUGAUUCAAUUGUAUUCUAAUGGGAAGAGUAAUACCAAAGCUGUGGUGAAGUAGAUGGACUUCAUUGUAGUGAUGUACAAAUUCACCACCACUAUUUGAUAAGUUAUUGCACACAGCAAAAGUACAUCUCUUGACAAUGCAAGUUAAUGUCAAACAAAAGAUGAAUAAGCAACACAUGGCUAUUGCAGAAUGCAGAUUGUCAUCCCGGAAGACUUGUGAUGUGUAUUGUUCAAUUACAUUGGUAGAGCUGGGUGGGAAAAUUCAAAAACUAUGUGAGAAGAAAAUUAUCUCCAGAAGGAUAUUUUAUUGGUGCUUAUCUACAUUGUAUGAUGCACAUUCUUUUAUUGUACAUUUCUUCUGCAUUUUUAAUGCAAUCUACUAAAAAGGGUUAUUUUGGUUUCAUCCUUUUUCAUGUUACAAUUCAAUCUUCCCACUUUGAAUCAAAAAUAUAGUAUGAAGAAAUUGUCACGCGCUAAAUUGCUUCCCAAAACAGAGCUGUUAAAAGAAUGUCUUUCUUGGUUUGGAUAAACAGUGAUAGCUCUCCAUGAUAGUCAAAGCAAGCUUAAUUCCAAAUAUAAAGUCAUGAAACAUAAAAAAAGGAUCUUUAAGAUAUUUUCUUCAGCGUGCAGAAUGAUUUCUACAAGGAAGAAAGAGAUAUUCUUGAGAUAUUCAUCCAUAUGUAAAAAUACUGCAAUGAUCCAACAUGAUCUUUGUUUCCCAAAGGGUUCUAUCUAAAACCAUUAAACAAGUUUUGCUGUAAGCCUUAGAUUUGGAUGUAAAAGCUAUACAUCCAAAUCUAAGGCUAUCAGAUUUGGGAUUCAAGGAUCUGGUAAACCACGAGUUGAAUAAAGUAUUGAAAAAUAUUUUUAUUGUUAUCAACAAUUAUUAGCCCUAUGAACUCUGUUUUUUCAAGAAUUAAGUGCUAGUUUGCACACUAAAUUUGCAUACCAACUUCUGACCCCAAAUCAAGGCCAGUUGAAUCAGUUACUAAGGUUGAAUAUUAGGCUAUUUCUCAGCCACCUAGAGAAGAACCUGCUUAUUCGACUAUACUGUGUAUUGUUAAUAGUGUUUGCUAUAAAGUAGUUUAAAUUACUGACAAUGGUUAUAGUGAUGAAGCCAUAUUUCUGAUUUUUAGGAACAUGACUCUAAUUAUAUUUUGCUUAAAAUCUCAAGGUUUAAAUUUAUCCAUUCUUCCCAUAAUCAGCCAAUUUUCAGAACUGAGAAAAAGCCUUUUUCAGAAUUUCCCUUUUUCCCAGUCUCUCCCCCUUUUUAUUGUUGUUAUAGAAUAGCUCUGAUUAAGAGCCUUUGUUGAAAGAGAAAGCCAACAAUGCCUGUCCAUAGAAUUAAAUCUGCUUGUUUGCAAAAUGGCCACUGUUGCUAUUCAUGCUGUUUGCAAAUGUCACCCUAAUGCCACUAUAAUCUACAUCGCUGUUGUACUCAUACCAAGUAGAUGAAUAAAGUUUUAAACUUUAUUCUUA